AUGGAAACGACACAUCAAUCCACUGGAAACAUCUUGAGUUUUACCAGUACAACAAGCACAACUCAGAGGUACGAUGAUGUUCACUUCAAAGAAUACACACAUUUUCUACUCGUCCUAGUCUCCUUCAUACUUUCGCUUGCUGCUGUAAUGUGUGCAGCUCGUAUAAUCUUCGUAUACUGUACUUACAAGAGACGUCGAGAGGAGACCGAAGCAAGGCGACAUCCAACUACGACUAUGGGUACAGAGACUGUUCGGGAGCCGGAACGAAUGGGCAUAGAAAACUAUGGUUUUUCUGAUCCUCCACCUCGUUAUGAUCAAGUGUACAAGGAAGACGAAGCACCACCCCUGUACGAGUCGCUCUGCGAUUUUGUAAGGCACAACGAUCGGACACUUGAACGAGAAGAGAAUGCGGAGCACGGUAUCAGGUCAAACAAUGAACAUUUCCGAGGAGGAGGAAAUCGAGCAAGAAUGAUGGAAGAGACGCCAGCACAUUGUGCCAUUGCCAGCAAUCCUAACGGAAUUUGGUCAGUAAGCAGACCAGUAAUAAACGCCGGAGUUUCUGCUCCAACAAGCGAAAGCAAUACCGGCCGUGAGGUAUGCAUUGCCGACUCAUCGCAAGAAAUUCAGAAUCAGUUACGCAGUGAAAUCCGGGGAAUAUUCAGCUAUUCGAGCAUUUUUACUACUUCUUUUACGGUGCAAUAUUCGUCCUUACAAGUCAAAACGGUUCUCCCGACCAAUGAUCUCGAAAGCGUUGACUGUUCUUUGCACCUGCAUUUCGGGUCAAAACGACCUGGAGCCUCAUGGAGUUGCCUUCGAGUGGAUCUGGCGAGGGUUCUAAAUUGGUCGCAAUGGCUAGCUGCCGCUUCUAGCGCAGCUACCGCACCAGGCUUCAGAAAGAUGAAAGGCUUGGUUGGCACUGAGUCGGAUUCAAUCGAGCUUGAUGCAGGAGUUGAACGGAAAAGGGCUGAGGACAGAGGCGAGGAAUGGCCAGACUAG